GAUAAUUAAAUUCAAGAUAAAACUGAAAUUCUUACCCAUUAGAAACAAGUGCUGCUCUAUUUUGCUGCUGCUGCUGCUUGGUUCGGUGGAUGAAAGAGAGGAAGGUGCUGCUGUUCUGUUCGAUGGAUGAAGAAGAGGUUGUUUCUACCCAUUGGGAAGGAGAGGAAGAAGUUGCUGCUGUUUAGUGGCCGACAAGGAAGUUGAGCCAUGAAGGGCUAGAAGAGGCUGUUGAUGGUGGUGGUUGAGAGCAGAUGCAGAUCUGUUCUACUGUUGUCGCUCUGUUCUGUGCUGCUACUUUGUUCGGUGCUGUUGAAGCUGCUGCUGUUCAGUGGAGGAAGGGAAGGAAGAUGAGUUGCGAAGGGCUGGAAAGGCUAUCAACGGUGGUGGUUGGGGGUAGGGAGGUCAGUGGAGGAAGGAGAUUUGCUCUGGUUUCUUUACUCCAAAUGGAUCCAUUCAUCCAUGCAUUGUUGAGCCAAUUGAGUCGUAUUCUGUUAAACAAGUUGAAAGAGGAAUUUUGUGCCAUUAGAGGAGUUAAGCAUGAUUUAGAGACUUUGAAAAAAUACCUCCAUACCAUAGACAGAGAAUUAGAGACUGCAGCUGUUAAGGACAAAUUCCAUGCCAACACGUUACUGUGGCUUUUGAGGUUGAUGGAUAAAGACAAGUGGGAGUAUCGGCAAACACAGCUAAGAAAGAGUGCUAAAUUGGGAUUGAUGAAGUUUCUGUCGAAGGUUAAAUAUUAUUGAAGUCUUGUGCGGCGGAUUAAACAAAUUAGCAAGAAUUUG